UUCUUUCUUCCAUAUACUAUGGCAGAUAAUUUACAACAUGGACGUCAGAGAAAAGUGCCCAAAGCACUUGGUAUUUUUUUGAGGUGCUUUUCUGCCACUUCCAGGAAAGAGCAGGAGCAAUUGGUACAUGAUCAUGUUGACAACAACACAGAAGAGAUCAUAAGAAGAAGAAGCAGAGUGGCUUCCACAACAGCCGUCGAUGAAAAACCUCUUGGCAAAAUUGCAGAUGCGUUCAAAGAGCUCGCAGAUGUUGUCAUCUCCGAAAAUGUGGUUGAGGUUGCAGCUUUUUCCCGCGCAUGUGUUUUUGUGGCUCCCCUUUUUGGCAGCAUUGGCUUUCACUUCAAGUUCAUUGAGAUGGAUUACCUCACCAAGGUCAAUGACAUAGCAGAGGCAUCAAAGUCUUUCAAGACAUUACAAUCUAUGGUUGAUCAUGAUGUACAAACUAAUUCUGUGAGAAUACAAGGAAGCCAUUCCAGAAAUCUUUUGAAGAUAAAACGUGGACUUGAAUUUCUCAAGGUGCUAUUUGAACAAGUUCUACUCACAGAGGGAAAUUCUAUGAGAGAUGCGGUUUCUAAGGCUUACACGCAAAUAUUUAAUUCAUAUCAUGGCUGGGCUCUCAGAAAAGCCGUUUCUGUAAGAUUAAAUUACAUUCCUACGAAGCAGCAGCUAUAUAGGAAACUCGGUGAAGAUGAGUCUGCGGCAAAGGUCUUGAUGGAAACUUAUAUAUCAGCAUCCCCGCCUCUAAUCCAAUAUAUUGAGAAGAUCUUUCUCGAAAGAGAAUUGGGUAUAGAUUGGUGAACCUUCUAAAUGGAUGUGUUUUGAUUGAUU